UUAUUGUUUGUUUGUCCAUCUCUAAGGCAACCAUAUUUUCUAAAAUAUUAACAGAAGGAAAUAAUAAAUUAAACAGACACAGAUAAAAAUAUAAAUGGCUUCAACCUCUAGACUUGACAACAACAAGGUGUGCUGUUAUGCACAUCCUGAAUCACCAUUAAUUGAGGAUUACAGAGCUGGUGACAUGAUAUGCUCCGAGUGCGGAUUGGUUGUUGGAGAUCGCGUAAUUGAUGUCGGAUCAGAGUGGCGAACAUUUAGUAAUGAAAAAAGUGGCGUGGAUCCUAGUCGUGUCGGUGGCCCUGAAAAUCCACUUCUCAGUGGCGGGGAUUUAUCUACCAUUAUUGGACCAGGCACUGGCUCUGCAUCGUUUGAUGCCUUCGGUGCUCCUAAAUACCAAAAUCGCCGUACAAUGAGCAGUUCAGAUCGUUCACUGAUAUCAGCAUUCAAAGAAAUUUCAUCGAUGGCAGAUCGCAUUAAUUUGCCCAAAACAAUUGUGGAUCGGGCCAAUAAUCUAUUCAAGCAGGUUCACGAUGGUAAAAAUCUGAAAGGUCGUUCGAAUGAUGCAAAGGCUUCGGCUUGUUUGUAUAUUGCAUGCCGCCAGGAAGGAGUGCCACGCACAUUUAAAGAAAUAUGUGCCGUCAGCAAAAUAAGCAAGAAAGAAAUUGGCAGAUGCUUUAAAUUAACAUUAAAAGCUUUGGAAACAAGCGUGGAUUUGAUCACAACUGCCGAUUUUAUGUGCCGCUUUUGUGCUAAUUUAGAUCUACCAAAUAUGGUUCAACGUGCUGCCACACACAUUGCCAAAAAGGCAGUCGAAAUGGAUAUUGUACCCGGCCGAUCGCCUAUAUCUGUUGCAGCGGCUGCAAUUUACAUGGCGUCACAAGCAUCCGAGCAUAAGCGUAGCCAAAAGGAAAUCGGUGACAUUGCCGGUGUCGCUGAUGUGACCAUUAGACAGUCAUACAAAUUAAUGUACCCACAUGCAGCGAAAUUGUUUCCAGAAGAUUUUAAGUUUACUACACCGAUUGAUCAAUUGCCACAAAUGUAGAUCGUUUCGCCAAUUCAAAACAUUUUUUAUUAUAAAGUAUAAUUUUCACAUUCAAUGAAAUGUGGCUCCGUCAAGAAAGAAAAAUAUAUAAUCAUAAUAAUUAGUUAUGAGAAUUUACGAUUUUAUGUAUAAAACAAAAACAAUGAAAUGUAUGUAAAUAUUUAUAGUACCGAAAGUGAUCAAAUUUUUUUUUUCAUUUUGCAACUUUUUUUGGAAUUUCUUUAUAAAUAACCACAAAUAAGCAGUUCCUGCUAAAUUUUCAGUAGUAGAGCUAAGUAAAAUGAAAUAUUUUGUCAAAAUGAGUUAGAAAAAAAGUGUAACUAUUUUCGCAUAAAUAGAAUUACUUUAAGAUCAACUAUCACAUUUUGUUUAAAUUUUCGAAAAGAUAAUUUCCAAUUCUCAUUCAACAUUGCCUUCGGGCUAUAUAUUUUUGUCGAAUGCAAUGACAACCCUGUUUCUUAAAGCUAUUUGAGAAGUGCGCCUGCGCUAAAACUGAAAUUAUUGUGAGCGUUCCAUUGCUCCUUCGUUCCGUUCCUGGACCAUUGUCAAUGUCAGACAGCAAAAUAUUUAGUAAAUUAAAUAGGAUUCUUUUCAAAUUGGCCGAUUUGUUAGCUAGUAGUAUAUAGGAAGUAGUGAAUUUGUAAACGCCUCUACCCUAUGAGGAUUGUUAAAAAUCAAAAUUGAAAUUCAAUCAGAGCAAAAUCCGCUUCGCUUUUUUAUGCAUAGUAUCUAUAUAUACAUACACCUAAAUAUACUUAUAGUUUAACUCAAAAUAAUAAAAUCAACAGAAAUUAAGCAAAA